UAUCUUCAACAACCUCUCCUGCUGUACGACUCAGCAACCGAAACAUGAAGCGCUUUGAUGGGCCCGGGAUUACCGCACUGUCACCGCGCUGACGGCUCCCAGCAGGACAGACAGGUGUACUCUGGAAAAUAGUGAAGAAUGGGGCUCUGAAGACAUGGAAGAACAAACAACGUGUAUACACAUUCAUGACUGAACUGCAGGGAUCAUGGAUCUGGAGUCGCAGAGGCAGCGGAGAAGCAGGAGCUACUUCAGCAAUGUCAAGACAAGGUUAGGAAGUAAGCUGCACCCUGCCAUCCAAUCAACGAGCCGCACCUCCAGUCACUUAGGCUGGGCACAGAGCAAUCAACAAGGGAGGGCUCCAUGGUGGGCUUCAUUGGAUGAACCCCAGAGUGACCCUGUCAGUUUCAGUGGGACUCCAAGGACACGGCUGAUCCGCAACCCUCAACUUCGAAAGUACUACCUUAUGGAGUCCAUCCCUUUGCAAGAUGACCCAGGAAGUAAAGGAGUUGUUCGAGAACAGCCAAUUGGGACAAAGGAGUAUUUGGUGGGAGCACAAGACACCCUCUUCAGUGUGGCUUCCCAGUUUGACACAACGCCAAACCAGCUGGUAAAGCUAAAUAAGUUGUACUCCCAAACCCUGCUGCCUGGCCAGCGCCUUUAUGUACCAGAUUUCCAGCAGAAAACGCUGUCUUCAGCCCCUGAUAUUUCCUGCUCGGACAAUCCUCUGUCAUCACAGCCCAGCAGCCCUCAAACCCCAUCCCCUGACUCGGAAUAUGACAAGCUGUUGGAUGUGGAGACCGUAACUAUGCCUGAUGGACAGCUUUGCCUUCUGGCUCUGCCCCCAGAAUGUGACUCCUUCCAAGAAGAGGACACCAGACCAGCACGUUACCUGAAAUUGUGCUGCCGCUACAUAACUGACAGGAAGGGAGUGGUUUCAGGGAUCCUGCUGGUCACCCCAAAUAAGAUCUUCUUUGAUCCCUACAAGUCUCACCCACUAGUGAUUGAACAUGGCUGCGAGGACUACAUGCUGUCUUGUGCCAUCGACACUAUUGUUUCAGUUGCCUUCUUCAAUGAUAUCUCAAUGGUUCACUUCGGUGGGAAAUCCAAACAAUCAUGCAAAAAGAAGGACGUCCAUAAACCUAAAGUGCCAACUUCAGAAGAUGACAAAGUGCAGGCGGCAAAGCUUGAGACUAGACCAGCGCCCCCUAUGGACAACAAUCAGCCAGCAUCGAGUAAUGCCUCUGGAGCACACGUCGACUUGGAUGCUCGUUUAAGCCACUCUUUGUCGUUAAAAGAUCCAGACUGCAGCAAGCAACCAUUAGCAAGCCAAGAGGAAAUGAAGGGCACCUUUGGCCAGGACAAUCACUUGGAUGGAGCCACACAAGACAUGGAGAAGGCUGGCAAAGAUGUAUCGACACACGUAGCUGAAGGCAUGGCAGUUGGUGUCCUGAGCAGUGCUGCUUCUUUCUGCUGUGGGGGGCUGAAAUCUCUGGAAGAGGUGAAUGGAAAUGAAAUGAAGCCAAUUCAAGAGAGGAAUGAGAAGCGAGUGUGGUCAGAUCAAGGCACUCAAGGAGCUCUACCACAGGAGCCACCCAAUCACGGUGUCCUCAUGUUUGUCCGCCUGAGAUUCCAAGUCUCCAUGAAGAAGUCUUUCACACAACCCAAGAACGUUGGGAAACUUCAAACACAGGAUGCCUGGCUGAUCUUUUCUCAGGAAAGGUCAGAUGAACUCUAUGCUUACUUGAGUCACUGGCGACCUGAUCUCUGCAUUAUGGAACGGGAUGAAGAGGUAGAAGAAAUGGAAGAGGAUGAUGAGGAUGACGAGGAGGAAGAAGAAUUUGUGCUGGUGGAGGAGAAAGAUGAUGUGUGCUGUGGGGAAAAUCAAUUGUGUCGCAAAGGCAAUGAAGAGUGGGAGAUCAUUAGUGUUGAGGAUGGAAGUAUAAAGCACUUUGAGGACAAGGAACCAGUGUCCUUAUCGGAGAUUCUGGAAAAAACCAGUAUUCUAGAGGAGAGUCACAUCCAUGCGUUGUCCCAUCACCUGCCAUCUCGAAUGGUGGUCCACCACUGGCAUUUAGCAUACAGCACCAGUGUGGAUGGCUCCAGCCUGAGGACCUUGUAUCGAAAGGUGUCCCAGAGAGAUUCCCCCUGCCUGCUUGUGCUGAAGGAUUUCCACAACGAGAUUUUUGGUGGCUUCGUUUCCCACCCGUUUAAGUACAGCGACUCAUUCUAUGGAACUGGAGAAACUUUUCUGUUUACCUUCUAUCCUGAAUUUAAGUGUUUCCAUUGGACAGGGGAAAACUCUUUCUUCAUUAAAGGAGAUUUGGACUCCAUUACAAUUGGGGGCGGAGGCGGUCGCUUUGGCUUGUGGCUGGACAAGAACCUCUACCUUGGUCACAGCAGUCGCUGCGCCACCUUCAACAAUGCGAUCCUCUCCGAGAAGGCUGACUUCAGAGUUCUGGAGUUGGAGGUCUGGAUGUUCUCAUGAGGGGAGGUGGAUUUUGGAGCGACGCAAGCAGCUGGUCAGUCACCUGGAACGCACACCACACCAAGCUUUUCACCUUUUGAAGAUGGCUGCAGGUUUCUGUUUGGGCUGAGCACCUUAGACAGCAGCGUUACUUGCUGCCAUGUGAAACAGUCUAACUCUGUGGAUGGGCUGAUAAUGAAGACAAAAAUGAAAGACUUGACGCCAGGGUGCGAAUCGAUAAUCGGAAAGGAGACUCGACUGAGGUGCAGUCAUGGAAUAAGGGCUAUUGUAUAGCAGCAAUAGGGCGAGACUGUUAUUUUUAUUUAUUCAUUUUUUUCUUCUUCCUAGCCAAGAUAAAAUCGCUACAUUUGCUACUUAAAGUAACAGUUUUGCCACAAGGCUGUUUUCACUUUCGUCUUGACUUGUGGCCACUUUCUCCUUUGCUAACAGACUUGGACUCCAAGAGAGGAGGGGGCCUGAAGUACUAUGGACCAAAUCGUAAGCCGAAGUCCAGUAUGAAAGGAGCUUGUGGUCGCCACAGAAGUGUAACAGAAUGCAGAACAGCAAUUUUUGUUAAAAACGAACAAGGGAUUAAAUCGACAGUCACAGAGCAUGCUUCUCUAUACACACAUUGUAUUUUUUUUUCUAGAAGCCAUGCACUUGAUUUUCCUGACUGGUUGCUUUUUUAUUUUAUGUAUAUACUAAUUUAACACGCUUUUUGUGUUACAGCAGUAUAAAGUGACUCUAAUUUUAAUGUUUGGCAAAAAUGUACUGCUUUGUAGAAAGCCUCAUAUGACAUUCAGAAUAAAUAAAUUCUUCUUCCCACUUAUCA